AUGGAUAGAGAACAAGGUAUAGAACAAGAAACAGAAAAAGAUACAGAACAGGAUAUAGAAAUGGAUAGAGAACCAGAGAGCGAACAGGGACCUAACAUGCCAAUGUACUAUAUGCGGUCCGACGGGUCAUGGGGGGACCUGUUGGAGUUGGUGGUAGAGCCUGCGGAGGUGUCUGGGUCACCUGCUCCGGCUCCGGCUGCAGCUCCAGUGGCUGCUCCGGAGGCUGUACCAGGCCCCGCACCCCGCAGAGUGGAAGGGUCACCUGCUCCGGCUCCGGCUGCAGCUCCAGUGGCUGCUCCGGAGGCUGUACCAGGCCCCGCACCCCGCAGAGUGGAAGGGUCACCUGCUCCGGCUCCGGCUGCAGCUCCAGUGGCUGCUCCGGAGGCUGUACCAGGCCCCGCACCCCGCAGAGUGGAAAUAAGUAAAACAAAACAUCAGUAA